CCCACGGUGACACCCAUGUUGACAUCCAUGUUGACACCCACGGCGACACCCACGGAAACACCCACCCCCGCGCUGCUGGUGGCGGCUGCCCGGCGCACCCUGGGCUCAGGGAGGAGCCCGCGCCACGCCACCUGCCUGCAGCUGGCCGCCGAGGUGCUGGCGGUGGCCCGAGGCCUGAAGCCCGCUCUGCUCUACGACCUCGGCCACGCGGGCCCCGGGGCGCUGCGGAGCUUCCUGCUGGAGCUGCACGGCCUGGGCCUGCUGCCGGCUGGCCUGCACGUCCUGGCGGUGGGCGAGCACAGCCUGGUCCUCAGUCCCGAGCGCGCCCGCCGCCACCUGCGGCACGUGCUGGCCGGCGCCGUGGCCUUCGUGGACGUGUCGGGCUCGAGGCCCGAGCUCUGCUCCCCGCGGAGGCCCGAGCUGGCGGCGCUGGUGGCCGCGCUGGCCCUGCACCUGCGGGCGCUGCCCAGAGCCCCGGCCCCCGAGCCCGCGGUGACCUGCAGCAGCCUCCCGCCCGCCGACUGGAACCUCUGCACGCUGUUCGGCAUCCUGCUGGGCUACCCGGCCCCCUACACCUUCCGCCCCGGCCCGCGGGCCGACAACUGCCUGGCGCUGACUCCGCUGCGGGUGUUCGCCGUCCACGCCCCCUGGCUGCCCGCUCGGCCCCCCGUCCUGCUCUGCUCCUUCAGCGUCCCCGAGAGCUUGCUGCCCGCCGUGCGGGGCGUCCUGGACAGCUGGGAGGCGGACCUCCGCACGCGGUGGCGGACCCAGAGUGACUUCGGCGACCUCAGCAUCACCUCUGAGGUGGUCACGCUUCCGGCCGUGGCCCUGUGACGGCUGCUCCCUGUGGGGCGCGUCCUCGCACCACCCGGGCGUCGUCGGCUGUCUGUCUGUCGUGCCCGUCCCGGGAGGCCUCGUGGCGUUGGCGUGGAAGAGAACGGGCUGGUGGGUGCACGGCCCCCAGGUCUCCGCACCUCCGCCCGGAACAACCCUGCGACGUGCGCCCAGGAAUCAGCCCGCACAGACGGACGAGUCGGGUGGACACUUGCUUUAUAGGAGGCGGGAAACGGCGGCCGGCCUCGUGCAUGCUGUCCCCGGCCGCUGCCUCAGCGCUCCCGGCUUCCCUGCCGGCCAGGACCUCUGCCGGCGGAGAAGGGACGGGACGGGAGGCAGGGAGAAGCCUUUCUGUUAGCAGGAGAGCAGGCGGGGCGGAGGCUGCUCGGCCGGGCCUGGGACUCGGGACUCUGCUCGCAGACCCCGCUCGGCAGCCAGCUGUCCCCGUGAUGGAGACGACGCCCCGUUCCUCUUCGGCCCCCGCAAGGACCAGGCUCUCAGGGCCGGAGGGGAAGCCUGCACCUGUCUGCCCCGCGGGCUGCCCCUGCCCGUGCCCGUGCCCAAGGUGGGCCGCGAAGGCGGGGCUCACACCAGGCUCACAUUGCAGCCCACGGCGCCCCUCCCUUCGGGAGGAGGAAGAGUCCCCCGCCGGCCGGGAAGGGCGCUCACUGUCAGGCGGCCGGUAGCCCCGGCUGAGCUCCGCCCGGCAGUGCAGGCACGAGAGGCGCUCGUCCCCGAGGCCGGCCAGCUCCGCGCGCCUGGGUCACCGCUGCCCUGCUGCCGAGGGACCUCCAGCUGGCACCUCCCUCCGACUAUGGGCCCUGCCUCCCGGCCCCUCACGUGCCGUCCAGGUGUCCGGUGUGUCGUGAGGCGGGUUACACUUGAGAGACCCAAGUGCUCCCUGGUCUUGGCCGCUUCCCCGGCGCCGUGCGGACGCUCUGCACAAGGCCUUGGGGGGGAGAGGGGGGGCGCACCCAGUGAAGCUCACGUAGUGCUGAGCGCGAGGAUCUGGGUUCAAGCCCUGCUCCCCACUUUCAGGGGGGAUGCUCACAAGUGGUGAGGCAGGUCUGCAGCUCGCUCUCGCUCUCAACUUCUCUCUGUCUUAUUGAAUAAAAUAGGAAGAAAAAAGAAAGUAAA